GGGAGAAGCGGCGGCGGCUGUCGCUGCUGCUCGGGAGAGACGGGAAAGGGGAGAGGAAGCCGAGAGCGAGGAGCGCGGGGCAGCGGGCUCAUGACUCAGUGAGCGGCUGUAGCCCCUUUCCAGCCCCGCGCCCGGCCGGAGUCGGGGCGACCGCGACGGAUUGUCCCGCAGCUUGUGCCCGGCGCCAGCGAGAGAGAGACCUGCGCUCGCCUGCAGUGCAGCAUCUGCCAUGUCUACAGAGGGGCAGAGAGUGGAUGAUAGUCCAAGCACCAGUGGAGGCAGCUCUGAUGGAGAUCAGCGUGAAGGUGUUCAGCAAGAACAAGAAAGGGAGCAAGUUCAGCCCAAGAAAAAGGAAGGAAAAAUAUCAAGCAAAACAGCUGCUAAAUUGUCAACUAGUGCUAAAAGAAUUCAGAAAGAACUUGCAGAAAUUACAUUAGACCCUCCUCCGAACUGUAGUGCUGGACCCAAAGGAGACAACAUUUAUGAAUGGAGGUCAACUAUACUGGGGCCUCCAGGGUCUGUAUAUGAAGGUGGAGUUUUCUUCCUUGACAUAACCUUUUCACCGGAUUAUCCUUUUAAACCACCCAAGGUCACCUUCCGGACAAGGAUCUACCACUGCAACAUUAACAGCCAAGGCGUCAUCUGCCUGGACAUCUUAAAGGACAACUGGAGUCCAGCGUUAACCAUUUCUAAAGUUCUCCUCUCCAUCUGCUCCCUCCUCACAGACUGUAACCCCGCUGACCCCCUGGUUGGAAGCAUUGCCACUCAGUACAUGACUAACAGAGCAGAGCACGACAGAAUGGCCAGACAGUGGACCAAGCGAUACGCCACAUAGGAGCCUCCUCUAGGAUUUGCUGGACCUGUGCAAGCACAUUCACUAAGUGCAUCAAUAGCCCUUCCCUUCAUUCUUAUUUUUUAUUAAAUCUUGAACCAUUUUGUGACAAAAGGUUGUCCUUACUUCCUUUUUUUUUUUUUUUUGUUUC